AUCACCCUCCUAUCUUCAUCGAAAUCCGAGCUAGUUGUUUUUGUCCCUCCUGACAUGCCGUCAACUGUGUAACUUCUGUUGCCAACAGCAGUUGCGAUUGCAUGCUUCGAGCUGUACCGAGUUGGACAUGCAGCUUGCUGAGUAGGUAAUCGUGUUGUUAUUGACAGAAAUUCAUUCUACAUAAAGGAUGCUGCGGACUAUGGCGCGGAAUAGAUCAGUAGCAUAACUGUUGUGAUAGGACACUACGAAGGCUCACUCACUUCGUCUAUUCUUUCUCCAUUCAUGUAUGUUCAUCUAUCCAAACUCAAUUAAGUCACGUUAACUUGGGUAUCCUAACCGUAAAGAUUUUCUCGCUAAUGACGCACCAUCACAUUAGUCUCACACAAUGUUUCUGUCCAUCUCUUUUUUUAUUGAUGAUAAUUGGGCUGACAACAUGGAGUUAUUUGUAUGAUUACCGAUCUUUGCAUGUGAGGACUCAUCCAAACAUCGAGGGAGAAUCUAUUGCAGUUAGGGAAGGUCGACUGUCUCCGAGUCGACGUCUUUUGGACUGCCGGGAUGAAUGCAGUGUCCCCCCAGAAAGACGUUUUGAUUGUGCUCGGGACCGAGCUCUAAGUCGGGCCGAGUGUGAGACCAGAGGGUGCUGUUAUGUGCCUCUCCCUGCAGGCCUCUCUGGUGGGCCUCCGUGGUGUUUCUAUCCUCCUUCUUACCCCGGCUACAAGAUGGGUUCCUUCUUCCCCACCUCGAAGGGCAGGGCUGCAAACCUUACCCGUUCCAAACCCUCCUAUCUUCCCCGAGACAUCGCUACUCUUCGGCUGGAAGUGGCCGAGGAAACAGCCGGACGUUUGCAUCUUACUCUAAAAGACCCAUCCUCUCCUCGGUAUGAAGUUCCCUUGUCCCCUCCACCGUUUGAACCACCCUCUGCCAUUCAGAACUCCUUGUAUUCCAUAGAGUUCCACUCUGACCCAUUUGGGUUUGUAGUGCGUCGCAAGUCCAAUGCACAAGUUCUGUUGAACACCACGGUUGCCCCACUCCUCUUUGCUGACCAGUACUUGCAGAUGUCCACCUUUCUGCCCUCCCGCCUCAUCUCUGGCCUGGGGGAGCACUACACGCCCCUCACUCUGGACCUCAACUGGACCUCGGUCACCCUGUGGAACAGAGACAUGGCGCCUCAUAGUGAUGCCAAUCUGUACGGCUCGCACCCUUUUUAUCUGGUCCAGGAGGGCGAUAGUCUGGCCCAUGGAGUCUUUCUACUCAACAGCAAUGCCAUGGAGGUUCUGCUGCAGCCUAUGCCUGCACUCACAUGGGUGUCAGUUGGAGGAAUUCUGGACUUCUACAUAUUUCUUGGGCCAGACCCACAGAGCGUGGUCCGCCAAUACCAAGAGGUUAUAGGGUAUCCCAUGAUGCCCCCCUACUGGGCACUGGGAUUUCACCUGUGCCGCUGGGGCUACCGCUCUACCAAUGAGACACGAUCUAUAGCAAAGCGCAUGCGUGAAGCCAAGUUUCCACUGGAUGUGCAGUGGAAUGACCUGGAUUACGCUGACAAGAGGCGAGUCUUCACCUUUGACCCAGUGCACUUUGGAGACCUGCCUGAGAUGGUGGAGGAGUUCCAUCAAGAAGGCCUGAGAUAUAUCCUCAUCUUGGACCCAGGGAUUAGCAGCUCAAGCCAGCCAGGAUCUUACUGGCCAUAUGACGAAGGGCUACGGAGGGAGGUCUUCAUCAAGAACUCCACAGGACACACACUCAUCGGGAAGGUCUGGCCUGGUCCGACGGCUUUCCCUGACUUCACCAACCCUGAGACAGUGAGCUGGUGGGAGGAGUGCAUCCGAGACUUCCAUGCCAAAGUGCCUGUGGACGGCUUGUGGAUUGACAUGAAUGAACCAGCAAGUUUUGUCCAUGGCUCUGUGGACGGAUGUCCAGACACCGAUCUAGAAAAGCCACCCUACGUUCCAGAUGUAAUUGGCGGUCAACUGAAUUUCGGUACCCUGUGCAUGUCUGGCCAGCAGAAUCUGUCCACCCAUUAUAACCUGCACAACUUGUACGGACUCACUGAGGCCAUCGCCACCUACAGUGCCCUCCUGAAGGUCAGGGGGUCACGACCUUUUGUGCUCUCCCGCUCGUCCUUCCCUGGGUUGGGACGCUUCUCCGGACACUGGACGGGUGAUGUCAGGAGUGACUGGGAACAACUGCGCUUCUCUGUCCCUGCUGUGCUGCUCUUUGGCCUUUUUGGGGUGCCACUGGUGGGAGCUGAUGUGUGUGGCUUCGGAGGGAACACCAAUGAGGAGCUGUGUGUGCGCUGGACCCAGCUAGGGGCCUUCUAUCCCUUCAUGAGGAACCAUAACGACAGGCCUAAUGUGCCUCAGGAGCCGUUCGUGUUCAGUCAGGAGGCCCAGGCAGCCAUGCGGAGCGCGCUGUUGCUCAGAUACUCCCUGCUGCCGCUGCUCUACACACUCUUCCUCCGGGCACACAGCUCAGCUGACACCGUCGCCCGAGCCUUGUUUCUCGAGUUUCCCACAGAUAGCAACAGCCGUACCAUUGACCGCCAGUUCCUGUGGGGGAGUUCUCUUCUCAUCAGUCCUGUUCUAGAGCAGGGGACCGUGGAGCUGUCUGCCUACCUCCCCCCUGGGAUGUGGUACAGCUUUCAUGAUGGUCAGCCCUAUCGCAGUAAGGGCCAGUACUUUCUCCUCUCAGCACCCCUGGAUGCCAUAAACCUCCACGUGAGAGGGGGCUACAUCAUCCCUCAGCAGGUGCCGGCCCUGACCACCACUGUGGCACGUAGGAACCCUUUCAACCUGACGGUGGCGCUAUCUGCUGAGGGCUGGGCCCGGGGUGAGCUGUACUGGGAUGAUGGCGACAGCUUGGACACGUACGAGAGGGGAGACUACUCCCACAUCCUCUUCAUGGCAAGACAGUCUCAGUUGGUGAGUGAUCCUGUCAGGGUGAGUGGGGCCCUGGAUGGCCUUGUCCUGGGUCAAGUGAGGGUGUUCGGAGUGCCCUCUCCCCCCAAAGCCGUGAUGGCCAACGGGGAAACUGUGACUGAUUUCACAUACCGAUCUGACACCAUGAGUCUGACAGUGGCGUCCUUAUCCCUGCCCAUGACUGAGGAGUUUACCCUGCAGUGGAUGCUGUAGCAGAAUGGACCCUUUUGUCGUAUGAACUCUGUGAUCAGGGACUUUUAGAUUGGAAUGUGUGAAGCAGCGUGAUGAUUUUAUUCAGUUUGCAGGGCUAUUUUAUACUUGAAGCGCAACUCAUGUUUAGCUCUAAACAUACAGCAGGCCUGGUAUUCAGGUGUGGCUGCUUUACUAGUGUCCUGCCUCCUGCCUCCUGCCCUGCUGCCUGGUCAACAUGUCUGCUCCAUUAGAGGAAAUGCUGAUCAAGAUCUUAAUGACACCGUCUUUGACCUCUCAUAAACUAUGGACUUCCUCACUGAUCAGUCCUGGCAGGUGGAGCUCUGUCCUCUGUGGAAAAUGGCCCUCAAAAAUGCUAGUUUCCCCAUUCGAAGCUGUCUGAGCCUCAGCAUACCAAAGAACUGUAAAAUAUGGCAAAAAUAGCUUCCCUCUGACACAGCAGAGGAGGUAUUAGUUCACACCUGCACCACGCAGCAAAAAUAUGCACCUAAAAUGUUCUGUAGCAUCUAGUUUGCAAACUGUUUGAAAUAAAUUAGUUUUCUGGUUUUGCCUUAAAUAAGAUGGUCAGAACAAAGGGGAUAUUUUCAUUUUUUCCCAACCUCUCAUCAAAAUAAAAGGCUAGACUUUUUACAUA